UUGCCGCGCGGUUUUUUACCCAGUCCAACAUUGUUUUGUUUGUAAACCUUCCCCAAAAAGUUUAAUUCUUGUUUUGAAACCGUUUUCAUUAAGGGUGAUUCGUUAAAAACUAUCAUUUUAUGCUAUCCGGAAGUACUUUUUCGAUUUGUUAAAAGUUAAAUCAUGUGCUCUCAAUGGUUGAAAAUUCCCUGCCUGUACAAUCAGCUGCAACUCAAAACAACACUCACUGGUGGGCAAAGUUUUCGCUGGAAAAUCCACGAACCAAGCUCUGAUGAAUUUAUCGGAGUUUUCGCCAACGUAGUGUGGAUCCUCAAGCAAACACAAUCGGAAUUGUUGUACAAAAUUGUUGGUGAGCUUCCUUAUCCAAACCCAACGAACCAGGAUGUAUGCGAAGGGUCCCUGGCAAAACGACCCAAAAAAGGAAAAACUUCUGAGCAGGGAAACUUGGCAAAAGUUCGCCUUAAGGUACCCGAACCAGAUUCAUUUUCCGGCAAAGGUAGCAAUUUACUGUAUCCACCGUCGUACUAUGAGCAGUUGCUCCGGGUAUAUUUCCGAUUGGAUGUGGAUCUCGAGGAAUACUACCGGCAGUGGAACAAAUGUCACAGCCACUUCGAGAGCAAUGCUGGGCAGUUCUAUGCCGUCAGGCAGCUGGAUCAGGACCCCGUUGAGAAUCUGUUCUCGUUUAUCUGCAGUCAGAAUAAUCAUAUCUUAAGAAUUUCAAGUUUGGUGGAGAAAAUUUGUAGUAAUUUUGGGGAGCAAAUUUGUGAGUAUGACGGUACCACAUACUUCAACUUCCCCGAUAUGCGAGCACUGGCAGCUCCACAAGUCGAGCAACAAUUGCGUGACCUAAGCUUUGGGUACCGAGCCAAGUAUAUUCAAAAAUCUGCCGAGGAAAUUUUGUCCAAAGGUGGUCUCGAGUGGUUUCACCAACUGCAAAAUCUGAGCUACAAAGAUGCCCACAAAGAACUUCUAACGUUAACCGGAAUCGGUCCCAAAGUAGCGGACUGCAUUUGCCUAAUGUCCCUGAACCAUCUACAGGCGAUUCCGGUUGAUACGCACGUGUUCCAAAUAGCUCGACACUACAUGCCACACGUGGGCAAAACUAAGGGAAUCUCCGGUAAGUUGUACGUCGAGAUCGGGGACAAAUUUCGAGAAAUAUACGGCUCCAAGGCUGGGUGGGCGCAAACCGUUUUGUUUUGUGCCGAUUUGAAUAAGUUCAAGGAAGAUGCCCAAAUAACUUCAAACGGGAAGACAAAAAGUGGCACCGAAAGUUGCCCGAAGACUGAGUUUAAGAAAAGAAAACCAGCUAAAUCUGGAAUCAAAUAGAAA